UCAGUCUUUUGGUCAGUGUUCAAUCCCGAUCGGCUGCAGGCUAGUUCGGUUCGACGAUCCGAGCAAGACGGACGCGCUCUCAGGCUCCCGAUGUCUGACGACUCACAGGCUUUCAAAAUGAUACGAUCUUUUUUGUUGUUCUUUGUUGGUGUUUUGGUAGCCGUACUAUGUGCAACACUAAUCGAAAGCGAUCAGUCCGGAAAAGUUGAAGCCGUUUCGGUUGAAGUUCAAAUCGAUAAAUAUGAAUCGGACUUCUUGACCGAGUUCGGCCACUAUCAGUCAACUGGUAGCAAGACGGAGGCCUUCGAUCGGCUGCUGGAGCUUAUCAAGUCCCAUGACAUCAAGGUCACACUGGACCGGAUGGUUCACGCCACCGACCCGAAGAUGUGUCUCACCUGCCUAUCGGCUACCAAUACAUUUUUGGAACUGUACAAAAAAAGGUCGGCAACCGACCGCGAAGAUCGAGCAUCGUUGAUCAAGCUGGCCCAGGACAUCUGUCAUCUGUACAGCCUCAAGAGCUACGUUUGCGAUGGGUUGAUUGACCUGAACGCCGACAUGAUCCUGUAUACGCUGCAACAACAUCGGGAAAAACUACCGACGGCGGAUGAAGUUUGUGCCAUCGCUUUUCAGGGCGCAGGAUGCAUCGGUGACAUGAAGAUAGCUCUCAGCGAUCACUAUCCAAAAGUUGACCUGAGUGCAUCGGAAAACGUGCUUCGUACCUCCAAGGAAUCGGAAAUCAACGCUUCGGAUGAACCGUUUGUCAUCGUUCACCUCACGGAUAUUCAUUUCGAUCCGGAGUAUCUAGUCGGAGUUAAUGCGGAAUGUGGUUCCGAAGCAUGCUGCCGUACUAUGCCGGACUCAGAACAGGCUGAUACACUGACCGCGGCCGGUUUCUGGGGAGACUACCGUGAUUGCGAUACACCCUGGCAUGGAGUUGUUGACGUGAUGGAACAAAUUCGAUCUCAACAUAGCAAGAUUGAUGCGGUAUACUUCACGGGUGAUAUUAUCCAUCACUUCACCUGGAAUACUACUCUUGAAAGUAACGAGGAUUCGAUGCGCAAGAUCUUCCAACUGUUGAAGGAACGAUUUGCUCCUAUUCCGGUAUUCCCAAUUCUUGGUAACCACGAAUCGCACCCGGCUAAUCUCUACGCUCCACAUAAUGUUCCGGAUAAGCUCACGUCCAAGUACCUAUACGACUUCAUCGUUAAGGAAUGGGAAGACUGGCUUCCGGAUGACGAUGCGAUCCGGGCGACAAUAGCCGAUGGGGGUUACUACACUAUGAUCUCUCCCCUAGGUCAUCGGAUCAUUGCCCUCAACAACAAUCCAUGCUUCGUCCAUAAUUGGUGGCUACUUCACAACAAUGACUACUUUAUGGGUCAACUACAGUGGUUGCACGACACACUACUGGAAGCAGAAGCAGCUGGAGAAAAGGUUCACAUCCUCGCUCAUGUCCCAUCGAAUGAUCCCUACUGUUACAUUGGAUGGACCCGUGAGUAUCGACGAAUUGUGGAAAGGUUUGCUCACAUCAUUCAGGGUCAGUUCAACGGACACUCGCAUGUGGAUGAAUUUAAUGUUUACUAUCGUAAGGAUGAUCCUUGGGCAGCUGUCAGUGUGGCCUGGAAUGGAGGAUCGACGACGACCUUCACCAAGCUCAAUCCAAACUACAAGGUGUUCUAUGUGGAACCGGAGACUUUUGAAAUCCUCGAUCAAGAGGCCUGGAUCUACAACUUGACGGCAGCCAAUCUUCACCCGGACAAGAAACCGACCUGGUUCAAGGAGUACUCCUUCAAGGAUCAGUACGGCCUACAGGAUUUGAGCCCAAAAUCACUGGACACCCUGCUACAGAAGAUGGCUCAAUCGGACACGGACCUGUUCCAGUACUGGGCUUUGAAGCAGAAACAUGCCGAUCCGAUGAUGGCUCAGGGCUGCGAUCAAACAUGUCUGCGGCAAACCCUCUGUCUGAUUGUCUUAACUGAGUUUGGUGAUAACAGGGCCUGUGAUAGAUUGUUGGAAAAUGAAAAUUAAAACCCUCUCAGGCGGAUCUGUCAAAGUUAACACUAAAGUUCAUAUUUCCAUGGUUUACUGUUGCUCAUUUUAUACAUGUCUCUUUUUUUUGGUAGUUUUUUCUUCUUUGUGUCUAUCUUUGGUUGAAUCUAUUUGGUUUGGCUUGAAUGUUUGAUUUAUGUGUGUUUAUUAAAAUUUUGCAAAAUAAAUAUCGGCUCGUAUUUUUUAAUAGCAAUUUAUAUCUCAUAGCUCUUUUCCCUUUCUGAACAACAACUAGGAAUUUUUCUAGCAUAAUACAAUCUUCGUUUCAAGACAGAUCACAUCUCGGAUAAGUUGUUGUUGUUGUUGAUUACACAAUCAGGACAGUUUGAUGACCGCUUAUCACACUUACUCUAGGAGAUCAAAAUUUUUACAGCGUUUUAACGUUUCCCUUGUUUCUAACUCAAUCGUAUGUAUUUUUUCACUUUAAAUAUUUUUUUUCUUCCCAACAAGGACUGAUGUGGAACGUUCUUUGUGUGUGUGUGUAGGUUUACUUAUGUAAUGGUGUGGUGAAAUACAGUAGUAAAAUCCGAUCGUCUGGUGUUUAUUUUUUCUUUUUCCUUCGCAUAUCGCAUAGGACCGUGGCCAGGGGGAUGUCGUUUUCGUCCGCUACCCGAACUGAAAUCAUGGCCUGGUUGGCGAAACGGCCGCUCGAGAUUAGCCGGGCCGAGGUGGUUCCGCAGAAGAUGGCUUGCUCCGGCCCGAGCUCCAAACUUUUGCCGCAAACCGAGCUGGAACGGUCCAUGUCGCUAGUGUCCAGGCCGGCCGAGCCGCCGAUGUCCAGCCGGUCGUAGGAAUCCGGUCGAUCGCACUGUUAGAGGGAAGAUCAUAGGAAAUAAUCAUAUGGUUACUUUCUUGGAGCUUGAUGAUCAAACCUAAAGGGUAGAUCCCAAUAAGGAAUUUAGGCAAGUAAUGGCAGUUCAGAUGAUCUUCAUCUGUCAAAUCCAUAAUUGUCUGCCAACUUACUGGUAACUAACAUAAGCUAGACAUGGUCAAUGAUCUACCGAUUUUGAACUAUUUGUGAAAGUAUACGGUUGUUGAACUGCAAUUUCAGUGAUCUUGGACUACUGUACCAAACAUGAUUAACAUCCCUGACUUAAACUACGAACAUUGGACAAGGUAACCUUCGCCAUCUAAUUUGUAGCGCCUUUGGUGCAAAAUAUCAUCAUCACGCUAUGGUUACCCAAUCCAUUUGGAAACGUUUUGCCUUAUCAAAAACAUGGGCCUGAGAACAUUAGGGUCGAAAAGGGGAUUGAUGAUUAUGAGUUCACGCGGACUAUGUCAAUAACUCAGAAGUUUGUUGAAGUACAAAAAAGGUAUCCACCUAUCUUCAUCGUCGCUUGGCAUGAUGCCUACAGACCUCAGGAUGAUAAACACGUAGCAAGCCUAUGCGUAGACUCAUUGACGGAUGAACCCGGGACAGCUCGUAGAACGAAAAGUAUACCUAUCGUCGCAUCCCGAAUGUCGAUUGAGAUCACCUGGACAUUGUGUGCUAAUCUGGAUCAUUCGGACGACUCGCGAUAAACCUAAAUAAAUGACCUACGCUUCAAAGACCACCUGCAGCAUCUGAACUUGAUUCCCUCCAAAGACUGCCCCUAAUCAUAAGGGAAGAGAGGCUAUACUAACACUAGUGCGCUCCAUGGCAAAACUCGAACGAAUUCCUUUGAUCAUACUUUUAGAAAUAUUACUUUACUCUUCUAGCGAUUCAAGAUUCGAUCUCUCCUCGAGCGCCCGUGUUUUCAUGCAACGACUCGGCUGAUUCACGACGAAGACAACGAACGCGUCUUUUGUACCUAAACCCGUGCACAUAGCGUUAAAGAAUGACGCUCACUUCUACCACAGGGUAUGGGUUUGGAACUACCGAGGUAUCCUUGGAAUCUGGAGCUUCUUGAUUGACAUCUUAGAUUUCCUGUAGUGAAAUGGAUGAUUUGAGACUGAUCAUUAAACUUUUAACCUCGAACGAUGCCAAAAAAAAAAACCCAGAAUUAAAGAGUCUAUCAAAUUCAUAACGAUAUAGACUUUUACAGACUCUGACAUGUCAUGGACAUGGACAUGUUCAUGGACAGGUAGACUCUGACAGACUACUAAACGUGAAUAAAACGUGAGAAUUGCGAGCUAAUGAAGGUGUUGAUCUGUAUCAUGGGUUGCAGCUUUCAUAAUUUUCGUGAAAAUGAAAAGUAUUUCCCCGGAAACGCACAAAAAUAUCGUGCACAAAUGUUGUACCUUCCUAAACAUUUUGUUGAGACUGCUGAAAAUGAAAGAAGAAAGCAUUCGAGAAGUUCGAAAGGCGAUUGGGAAAUAUGAAGAGGGAAGAAGCUUCAUGGACAAAAAACUCUGGCCGUAACCGAAUCCGAUGGACAAAACUUUGGACCAGACAGUCAUGCGUGCUUACACCAGUAAGAAAACUAUAUCAGUUCGGGAUGUUGCCAAAAAUUGAGAUCCCAUCUAUGCACCAUCCCUCCUGCCAAGGUAAGAUCGGAUAAGACAUUCAAGAAACCGAAGUGGAGUCCGAAACAAGCGGCUUCCGUCAAACCAAGAGUUCGUAAAUUAUAUGAUCAACUGCUGUGUGGAAAAACGGUGUGCGUUACCAUCGACGACAUAACCUAUUGCAAGAUUGAUUCCAAAAUGCUUUCUGGUGACCAGCAUCACACUGUUUGGGAUGGUCUAGGUGUUGACGAGACGGAGAUAUCAAUUUUAAACAAAAAAAUACGGAAAAAAGGCUAUGGGUUGAUAAGCCAUAUGUGAGUGAUGCAUGCUUGCGAGCCGUACGUAACCACUGUUGUGGCCAUGAAAAGCCAUUGGACUGUACUCGGGAGGGCACAUGGAAAAACUACCACUGCUUGCCGUUCCUCUUCUGGGAUUGGACUUUGACAACCCCUGGUGGUUGUCAAACAGUGGAGGCACGUCCCCAGCUGUCUCCAACAGUGGAGGCAGGUUGUUCGAGCCAAACUCGAAGAAUUGGCAACGUCGCAUUGCGCCACCAACCAAAAAAUCAUCACCGAUCACCGCCUGCUACUUUUGUGAGUUGUUUGUCCAUUCAAGGACAUGCAUUCAUAUGUGUACAUAAAAAACGCCGGUAAACGCCGGCCGGCGUACAACAACAAUUGCAUGCUGUUGCUUCAGCCAGCGAGCAGUGGAAAUUUCCAUUGCGCACACAGAUGUUUGUGUGCGUGUGAAUGAAUCAAUCAUUCAAGCAACCGGUGUGUUUGUCAAUCCAGCCAGAUCCAUUCCAUCCGUCGACAAGUUAAGACGUCGAUUUGAAGUUGAGCCACGUUUUCCUCCAUUCUAGAAGUUGAAGUUUAAGAUUCCUUUCCAUUUUGAGUUAUUUAAGAUUCCAUUAAGAUUCCUUCCUUCCUUCCUAUGAUAAGAGUUAAGUUACAAGUUCAGUGUAAAUAGUGUAAAUACAUGUAAAUAGAGAACAA